GAUGUGGAAGUGUGAUGAAGGACAUAUUCGUAUUUCACCAGCACCCAUCAAUCCAUUUUUUCCAGUUAAUGGAACAAGAGAUUUUGAUGGUCCAUAUUUUACAGUAAACACUAAUUUAGUAG